GAGAUCUAAGAGCAAUGGAAUACAAACAUUUCAGCCAUGAACACAAUCUGUCCAUAUACCAGGUGCAGCUUGGCCAACAGUUUCGUUGCUCGGGUUGCGACAAGUUUUGCGACAGAACAAUUUAUGCUUGUUGGCAGUGCAAAUUCUUUCUUCAUGAGCACUGUGGGAACGCCACUCGAUAUAUACGACACCCUUUUCACGCCGCCCAUCAUCUCAUUCUUAGCCCGUAUCCGACUUACCCCUCCAACUGUUUUUUGUGCAACGCAUGUGGUACCACCGGGACUAGGUUUUCGUAUUGUUGUGCAUUGUGUGAAGUCGAUCUCCAUGUCAACUGUGCUUUCCUCCCCCCAAAGGUAAGCCAUAAGGCUCAUCCACAUGAGCUAAUCCUUAACCUUAGCAACCGGACCAGCAAUCACAACGGAGCGAAUCAAAUGUGCAAAAUAUGUAGAAAGUCGAUGGAUUCAAAGCACUGGUCAUACGAGUGUCUCAUUUGCGCAAACUACAAAGUUCACACAUUAUGUGCAACGACCGAGAUGAAAAUGGGUCUGUACCAAAUGGAUGAUGGGUCAGAUGGCAGUGACCAGGGUGCACCGAUGGUUCAACAGGGUGCACCAAUGGCUCAGCAGGCUCCUAGUGAUGGUCAGGUGCAGGUGGAACUAACACCAGAAGAAGCUCUUGCACUUCUUCAUAUCAUGGGACUCUCAAAUGCAAAUGCUGCUUCUUAUGUUUGAUUAGUUUUCUACAACAUAACUCAUAACAAGUUUCUAGAACAAAUGAUUGUGGAUUCAACCCUCAUGGAUGAAUCAAAGGCGUUUUCGCAAAAAAGAUGCUACAAGUUCACCUUGUAACUCUGUUCGUAGUUUUUUGUACGAAUGUGCAAAAAAGUGAUCUGAUCUAAUUAAAACUGACUGAUCAGAAUUGAGAUACCCAAUUGUAAAUUGGAUUGGAUCCAAAAUUUAAAUAUCAAAA